AUGUCCAAGAGAUUUGCCCUUGCAGCCCUCUUAUUGUCGUCGUUUGCCGCUGCAAACAUAUACCAGGUUCCUCUCGGUUCCUCGCCGUUUCCUACCGAUUACGACUUUACGACAAAAUGGGACGACCCUGCGUGCACCGUCAGCAGGAGCACCGCCUUCGACGUGCUCGACGGGCCCAAUAACUUUUCCACGUCGCCGUCGGAUCCCCCCCAAUCGGUCAAGAUUUCGCCCAUGAUCAACAAGACCAACUGGGAGCAGUGGGAAUUCGACGGCCUCUCCCCGACGGGCAACUCCUUCAUCCUCAUGUCCUUCACCCGCGACUAUUCGUUGUACUUCUUCGGCCAGGGGAACCUGCGCAUCGAGCUCUACAUGACGCUCCCCGACGGCAAGUCUGUCCGGGAGCUCGACAACGUCAAGGAGUCGGCCGUCAUCGACUGCCCCGGCUACACGGCCGGCCUGUGGAACAGCUCGGACCGGUCGUACUCGUUCCACGUCACCAAGGACCUGAAGCACGCCCAGCUCGGGUUCGACUCGUGGCGGGCCAAGGGCACCUACAGGCUGUCGGCCACCACGCCCGCCGUCCACGCCGACGGCUCCGUCUGGGACCCCGAGGGCCACGGCAACACUGCUGACGCAGCGGCGGGGGGUGAGCUGGAGCUGGAACCGACCGAGCUGUCGCCGGGGCUGUACUACAGCGUCCCCGUGGCCGGCGGCGAGGUCGAGGUCAACCUCACGACAUCGUCGGGCCGCAAGCUCGCCUUCCGCGGCAGGGGCGGCUCGACGCGCCUGUGGGCCAAGGACGGCUGGCUCAAGGUCGCCCAGCGGUGGACGGCCAUCCGGGCCUGGGCGGGCCCCUACACCUUCACCUACUGGGAGGUGGUCUCGCGCGACGCGGCCCACUGGGGCAAGACGUUCGUGUCCGGCCACCUGUUCCACAACGACCGGCUCGUGGUGGGCACGCGCCUGGGCAACGCGUCCGCCACCGACGACUACGUCCGGCUCACGGCCAACUACGGCGGCGAGAUCCACGGGCGGUUCGCCGACAAGAACACGGGCCACACGCUCGAGUUCGGCGCGCCGGGCCGCGACCGGACCUGGCGGUUCGAGAUGCAGCACACCAUGACGCAGUACGAGAUGGGCGUCGGCGGCGGCGACGGCCUGAGCGGCUUCGCCAACCGCGUCUUUGGCGGCGAGGUCGGCGACGGCCUCCAGUACGAGGGCCGCGGCCAGACCGAGCAGACCUCCUUCCCCGAGUACAUCCCGCAGUGGGUCGCCUGGCUCAUCUUCGGCGUCGGCUUCCUCGGCGCUGGGAAGGACUACGCUCUCGGCGCUGUCAGCUACUUCUUCUAG